AUGGAUUCAACCACGUCCUCCUUCCAAUCGACCACUUCUCCAACUGAUUCCUCUGUGGAUUCAACUACUUCACCUAGCUCCAGCUCCAGCUCCAGCUCCAGCACCAGUGAGGAAACAACCACGUCUUCAAUCUCCUCCAGCUCUUCCACACACUCUCCAACUGACACCAGUACCUCUUCAAGCACGGACACAACCACUUCUUCAAGCUUUUCCACAUCAUCCUUGGAUUCGACCACUUCUUCUCCAACUGAGGACUCCAGCUCCUCUACUGACUCAAGCUCUUCCAUAGAAAGCUCUUCAACUUACACCAGCUCUUCUUCAGGCUACUCCUCAUCCAGCUCCUCUUUGGAGCCCACCAUUUCUUCCACUUUCCCAAGCUCCUCUAUGGAUUCAACCACGUCCUCCUUCCAAUCGACCACUUCUCCAACUGAUUCCUCUGUGGAUUCAACUACUUCACCUAGCUCCAGCUCCAGCUCCAGCUCCAGCACCAGUGAGGAAACAACCACGUCUUCAAUCUCCUCCAGCUCUUCCACACACUCUCCAACUGACACCAGUACCUCUUCAAGCACGGACACAACCACUUCUUCAAGCUUUUCCACAUCAUCCUUGGAUUCGACCACUUCUUCUCCAACUGAGGACUCCAGCUCCUCUACUGACUCAAGCUCUUCCAUAGAAAGCUCUUCAACUUACACCAGCUCUUCUUCAGGCUACUCCUCAUCCAGCUCCUCUUUGGAGCCCACCAUUUCUUCCACUUUCCCAAGCUCCUCUAUGGAUUCAACCACGUCCUCCUUCCAAUCGACCACUUCUCCAACUGAUUCCUCUGUGGAUUCAACUACUUCACCUAGCUCCAGCUCCAGCUCCAGCUCCAGCACCAGUGAGGAAACAACCACGUCUUCAAUCUCCUCCAGCUCUUCCACACACUCUCCAACUGACACCAGUACCUCUUCAAGCACGGACACAACCACUUCUUCAAGCUUUUCCACAUCAUCCUUGGAUUCGACCACUUCUUCUCCAACUGAGGACUCCAGCUCCUCUACUGACUCAAGCUCUUCCAUAGAAAGCUCUUCAACUUACACCAGCUCUUCUUCAGGCUACUCCUCAUCCAGCUCCUCUUUGGAGCCCACCAUUUCUUCCACUUUCCCAAGCUCCUCUAUGGAUUCAACCACGUCCUCCUUCCAAUCGACCACUUCUCCAACUGAUUCCUCUGUGGAUUCAACUACUUCACCUAGCUCCAGCUCCAGCUCCAGCUCCAGCACCAGUGAGGAAACAACCACGUCUUCAAUCUCCUCCAGCUCUUCCACACACUCUCCAACUGACACCAGUACCUCUUCAAGCACGGACACAACCACUUCUUCAAGCUUUUCCACAUCAUCCUUGGAUUCGACCACUUCUUCUCCAACUGAGGACUCCAGCUCCUCUACUGACUCAAGCUCUUCCAUAGAAAGCUCUUCAACUUACACCAGCUCUUCUUCAGGCUACUCCUCAUCCAGCUCCUCUUUGGAGCCCACCAUUUCUUCCACUUUCCCAAGCUCCUCUAUGGAUUCAACCACGUCCUCCUUCCAAUCGACCACUUCUCCAACUGAUUCCUCUGUGGAUUCAACUACUUCACCUAGCUCCAGCUCCAGCUCCAGCUCCAGCACCAGUGAGGAAACAACCACGUCUUCAAUCUCCUCCAGCUCUUCCACACACUCUCCAACUGACACCAGUACCUCUUCAAGCACGGACACAACCACUUCUUCAAGCUUUUCCACAUCAUCCUUGGAUUCGACCACUUCUUCUCCAACUGAGGACUCCAGCUCCUCUACUGACUCAAGCUCUUCCAUAGAAAGCUCUUCAACUUACACCAGCUCUUCUUCAGGCUACUCCUCAUCCAGCUCCUCUUUGGAGCCCACCAUUUCUUCCACUUUCCCAAGCUCCUCUAUGGAUUCAACCACGUCCUCCUUCCAAUCGACCACUUCUCCAACUGAUUCCUCUGUGGAUUCAACUACUUCACCUAGCUCCAGCUCCAGCUCCAGCUCCAGCACCAGUGAGGAAACAACCACGUCUUCAAUCUCCUCCAGCUCUUCCACACACUCUCCAACUGACACCAGUACCUCUUCAAGCACGGACACAACCACUUCUUCAAGCUUUUCCACAUCAUCCUUGGAUUCGACCACUUCUUCUCCAACUGAGGACUCCAGCUCCUCUACUGACUCAAGCUCUUCCAUAGAAAGCUCUUCAACUUACACCAGCUCUUCUUCAGGCUACUCCUCAUCCAGCUCCUCUUUGGAGCCCACCAUUUCUUCCACUUUCCCAAGCUCCUCUAUGGAUUCAACCACGUCCUCCUUCCAAUCGACCACUUCUCCAACUGAUUCCUCUGUGGAUUCAACUACUUCACCUAGCUCCAGCUCCAGCUCCAGCUCCAGCACCAGUGAGGAAACAACCACGUCUUCAAUCUCCUCCAGCUCUUCCACACACUCUCCAACUGACACCAGUACCUCUUCAAGCACGGACACAACCACUUCUUCAAGCUUUUCCACAUCAUCCUUGGAUUCGACCACUUCUUCUCCAACUGAGGACUCCAGCUCCUCUACUGACUCAAGCUCUUCCAUAGAAAGCUCUUCAACUUACACCAGCUCUUCUUCAGGCUACUCCUCAUCCAGCUCCUCUUUGGAGCCCACCAUUUCUUCCACUUUCCCAAGCUCCUCUAUGGAUUCAACCACGUCCUCCUUCCAAUCGACCACUUCUCCAACUGAUUCCUCUGUGGAUUCAACUACUUCACCUAGCUCCAGCUCCAGCUCCAGCUCCAGCACCAGUGAGGAAACAACCACGUCUUCAAUCUCCUCCAGCUCUUCCACACACUCUCCAACUGACACCAGUACCUCUUCAAGCACGGACACAACCACUUCUUCAAGCUUUUCCACAUCAUCCUUGGAUUCGACCACUUCUCCAACUGAGGACUCCAGCUCCUCUACUGACUCAAGCUCUUCCAUAGAAAGCUCUUCAACUUACACCAGCUCUUCUUCAGGCUACUCCUCAUCCAGCUCCUCUUUGGAGCCCACCAUUUCUUCCACUUUCCCAAGCUCCUCUAUGGAUUCAACCACGUCCUCCUUCCAAUCGACCACUUCUCCAACUGAUUCCUCUGUGGAUUCAACUACUUCACCUAGCUCCAGCUCCAGCUCCAGCUCCAGCACCAGUGAGGAAACAACCACGUCUUCAAUCUCCUCCAGCUCUUCCACACACUCUCCAACUGACACCAGUACCUCUUCAAGCACGGACACAACCACUUCUUCAAGCUUUUCCACAUCAUCCUUGGAUUCGACCACUUCUUCUCCAACUGAGGACUCCAGCUCCUCUACUGACUCAAGCUCUUCCAUAGAAAGCUCUUCAACUUACACCAGCUCUUCUUCAGGCUACUCCUCAUCCAGCUCCUCUUUGGAGCCCACCAUUUCUUCCACUUUCCCAAGCUCCUCUAUGGAUUCAACCACGUCCUCCUUCCAAUCGACCACUUCUCCAACUGAUUCCUCUGUGGAUUCAACUACUUCACCUAGCUCCAGCUCCAGCUCCAGCUCCAGCUCCAGCACCAGUGAGGAAACAACCACGUCUUCAAUCUCCUCCAGCUCUUCCACACACUCUCCAACUGACACCAGUACCUCUUCAAGCACGGACACAACCACUUCUUCAAGCUUUUCCACAUCAUCCUUGGAUUCGACCACUUCUUCUCCAACUGAGGACUCCAGCUCCUCUACUGACUCAAGCUCUUCCAUAGAAAGCUCUUCAACUUACACCAGCUCUUCUUCAGGCUACUCCUCAUCCAGCUCCUCUUUGGAGCCCACCAUUUCUUCCACUUUCCCAAGCUCCUCUAUGGAUUCAACCACGUCCUCCUUCCAAUCGACCACUUCUCCAACUGAUUCCUCUGUGGAUUCAACUACUUCACCUAGCUCCAGCUCCAGCUCCAGCUCCAGCACCAGUGAGGAAACAACCACGUCUUCAAUCUCCUCCAGCUCUUCCACACACUCUCCAACUGACACCAGUACCUCUUCAAGCACGGACACAACCACUUCUUCAAGCUUUUCCACAUCAUCCUUGGAUUCGACCACUUCUUCUCCAACUGAGGACUCCAGCUCCUCUACUGACUCAAGCUCUUCCAUACAAAGCUCUUCAACUUACACCAGCUCUUCUUCAGGCUACUCCUCAUCCAGCUCCUCUUUGGAGCCCACCAUUUCUUCCACUUUCCCAAGCUCCUCUAUGGAUUCAACCACGUCCUCCUUCCAAUCGACCACUUCUCCAACUGAUUCCUCUGUGGAUUCAACUACUUCACCUAGCUCCAGCUCCAGCUCCAGCUCCAGCACCAGUGAGGAAACAACCACGUCUUCAAUCUCCUCCAGCUCUUCCACACACUCUCCAACUGACACCAGUACCUCUUCAAGCACGGACACAACCACUUCUUCAAGCUUUUCCACAUCAUCCUUGGAUUCGACCACUUCUUCUCCAACUGAGGACUCCAGCUCCUCUACUGACUCAAGCUCUUCCAUACAAAGCUCUUCAACUUACACCAGCUCUUCUUCAGGCUACUCCUCAUCCAGCUCCUCUUUGGAGCCCACCAUUUCUUCCACUUUCCCAAGCUCCUCUAUGGAUUCAACCACGUCCUCCUUCCAAUCGACCACUUCUCCAACUGAUUCCUCUGUGGAUUCAACUACUUCACCUAGCUCCAGCUCCAGCUCCAGCUCCAGCACCAGUGAGGAAACAACCACGUCUUCAAUCUCCUCCAGCUCUUCCACACACUCUCCAACUGACACCAGUACCUCUUCAAGCACGGACACAACCACUUCUUCAAGCUUUUCCACAUCAUCCUUGGAUUCGACCACUUCUCUCCAACUGAGGACUCCAGCUCCUCUACUGACUCAAGCUCUUAUAGAAAGCUCUUCAACUUACACCAGCUCUUCUUCAGGCUACUCCUCAUCCAGCUCCUCUUUGGAGCCCACCAUUUCUUCCACUUUCCCAAGCUCCUCUAUGGAUUCAACCACGUCCUCCUUCCAAUCGACCACUUCUCCAACUGAUUCCUCUGUGGAUUCAACUACUUCACCUAGCUCCAGCUCCAGCUCCAGCACCAGUGAGGAAACAACCACGUCUUCAAUCUCCUCCAGCUCUUCCACACACUCUCCAACUGACACCAGUACCUCUUCAAGCACGGACACAACCACUUCUUCAAGCUUUUCCACAUCAUCCUUGGAUUCGACCACUUCUCCAACUGAGGACUCCAGCUCCUCUACUGACGCAAGCUCUUCCAUAGAAAGCUCUUCAACUUACACCAGCUCUUCUUCAGGCUACUCCUCAUCCAGCUCCUCUUUGGAGCCCACCAUUUCUUCCACUUUCCCAAGCUCCUCUAUGGAUUCAACCACGUCCUCCUUCCAAUCGACCACUUCUCCAACUGAUUCCUCUGUGGAUUCAACUACUUCACCUAGCUCCAGCUCCAGCUCCAGCUCCAGCACCAGUGAGGAAACAACCACGUCUUCAAUCUCCUCCAGCUCUUCCACACACUCUCCAACUGACACCAGUACCUCUUCAAGCACGGACACAACCACUUCUUCAAGCUUUUCCACAUCAUCCUUGGAUUCGACCACUUCUCCAACUGAGGACUCCAGCUCCUCUACUGACUCAAGCUCUUCCAUACAAAGCUCUUCAACUUACACCAGCUCUUCUUCAGGCUACUCCUCAUCCAGCUCCUCUUUGGAGCCCACUAUUUCUUCCACUUUCCCAAGCUCCUCUAUGGAUUCAACCACAUCCUCCUUCCAAUCGACCACUUCUCCAACUGAUUCCUCUGUGGAUUCAACUAUUUCACCUAGCUCCAGCUCCAGCUCCAGCUACAGUGAGGAAACAACCACGUCUUCAAUCUCCAGCUCUUCCACACACUCUCCAACUGACACCAGUACCUCUUCAAGCACGGACACAACCACUUCUUCAAGCUUUUCCACAUCAUCCUUGGAUUCGACCACUUCUUCUCCAACUCAGGACUCCAGCUCCUCUACUGACUCAAGCUCUUCCAUACAAAGCUCUUCAACUUACACCAGCUCUUCUUCAGGCUACUCCUCAUCCAGCUCCUCUUUGGAGCCCACCAUUUCUUCCACUUUCCCAAGCUCCUCUAUGGAUUCAACCACGUCCUCCUUCCAAUCGACCACUUCUCCAACUGAUUCCUCUGUGGAUUCAACUACUUCACCUAGCUCCAGCUCCAGCACCAGUGAGGAAACAACCACGUCUUCAAUCUCCUCCAGCUCUUCCACACACUCUCCAACUGACACCAGUACCUCUUCAAGCACGGACACAACCACUUCUUCAAGCUUUUCCACAUCAUCCUUGGAUACGACCACUUCUCCAACUGAGGACUCCAGCUCCUCUACUGACUCAAGCUCUUCCAUAGAAAGCUCUUCAACUUACACCAGCUCUUCUUCAGGCUACUCCUCAUCCAGCUCCUCUUUGGAGCCCACCAUUUCUUCCACUUUCCCAAGCUCCUCUAUGGAUUCAACCACGUCCUCCUUCCAAUCGACCACUUCUCCAACUGAUUCCUCUGUGGAUUCAACGACUUCACCAAGCUCCAGUACCAGUGAGAAAGGGAGCACUUCCACAGACUCAGAAAGUUCUCGAAGCAGCUCCUCUCUGUCUUCUGCACACUCCUUGUCAUCUAGAUCUUCCAUGGAGCCCUCCAUAUCCUCAACAUUUACGAGCUCCUCUGUGGACUCAAGUGCUCUGACAACGCUCACUGUUUACCCGACGGACUCUUCCACUCCAUUGAGCUUUUCCACAACACCCUUGGAUUCGACCACUUAUCCAACUUAUUUCAGUUCAAGUACUUCUUUUUCAACCACUUCCGCAAUAUACUCCAGUUCUUCUACAGACUCAUCCGGUGGCAUGGAAGAUGAUGGCAUAUUCAUAAUCGUGGUUGUGAUAGUUGUUGGAUUAAUAUUGGCAGCCAUCUUAGCUACCUGUUGCUUCUUCUUCUUCUUCGUUUUAAAGCGUAAAGAGCAUCCUGUUCAGGAUCUCGAAGAACAGAUAAUCGGAGAUGACGAAUAUGUUUCUGAUACAUAUUCCGAAGAAAGUGACUCGCUGUAUGAAAUAUCUAUACCAAGAGCAAAGGUUGUUCCUUUCACACGCCAACUGACUCCGUGGGGCGUCCAGAAUCCUAUGACCAUCCGCGACGACGAGACCGAAGACCUAGAAUUACCUGAGGACCAUGGACGCAAUCCUUACGCCCUUGACCAGACGAAUCUCCAUGAGUUUAGUUUGGAGAGAUUCCUGAGGGAUAUUCAGGAUACCCAACCCCCUACUCUGUCGGGAUCCUUCAGACUUCCGAGACUGUGAAGAUAGCCAGGAGCGUCUUUUGAUAUUGCGCCGAUGGCCCUUUCCAAUAUGUUCUGUGUGUGUUCGUGUGUUAUAUUUUUUACCAUUAAAUUCUGUCUAUAUUAGUGCAAAUAUAACGAAGGGAAGAGCAAGAAAGCACACAUAUAUUACGUUCUUUUCCUUGUUCUAUCUACAGUUUGUUGAUUCAUUAUGUAUGUAUGUAUGAGUGGAUCAAAACGAAAUGGCUGGUAAAUUUCCUAUCGGUAGAAAUAUAAUUAAUGAUAAAUGAUUUUCAUUCAUGUAGAUAUACUUAAGUGAUAAUGCACCUCAGUGAAAGCCUUAUAUGCACAUAUUGUAAGCUUAUGGAAUAAGAUAGACCACUCUCGCGGUUACUUGUUAAAUAUUUUACUUCUGCAAACUGUAUGAGGAUCGCAAUCCACAGAGAAAUGAGGCUUGGAAUGAACAGACAGAAGGACACACACCUAAUUGAACACAUGAUGGAGGACUGCAAUCAUGCUGAAGGUUUUUGUAUCAUUUAUGAACAUGAACCUACUGGUUGUGUUGAGAACAGGAUAUAACAUUCAAGGGAUAUUAUGGUUGGCGAAGAGGAAACCAUUGUUGAUUCAGACAAGCACUUCGAUCACUGAGGAUACAACACGCUGCGCUGACCUAUCUGACCUGUUCUCAAUACGUGUUCUACAUAUACGCCUCUAACAAAAAGAGAGAGAAGAAAAAAAAAGAGAG